GCAUGCAGGACGACAGCGGCGACUGCUCCGCGGCGGCGACGGCGGCGGCGGCGGCCUUCCCGCCCGUGCUCGAGCUCAACGUGGGCGGCGUCUACUACACGACGGCGCUCAGCACGCUAACGCUGACGCCGUCGCUGCUCGCCGACACGUUCUCGGGCAGGACGGCGGUGCCGCCGAGGGACGCCAAGGGGCGCUACUUUCUGGACCGCGACGGCGUGCUGUUCCGCUACGUACUGGACUUCCUGCGCAACGGCGCGCUCGUGCUGCCCGACAGCUUCCGCGAGGGCCAGCGGCUGCGCCAGGAGGCACUGCACUUCCGCCUGCCCGCGCUCGCCGACGCCGUCACUCGACAGAAGGAAGAGGAUCAGGCGUGUGCGGGCUCCGGCAAGGGCCGCGGAGCGCCCGGCUUCAUCACGGUGGGCUACCGCGGCAGCUUCGCGUUCGGCCGCGACGGGCUGGCCGACGUCAAGUUCCGCAAGCUGUCGCGCAUCCUGGUGUGCGGCCGAGUCGCCCUCUGCCGCGACGUCUUCGGCGAGACGCUGAACGAGUCGCGGGACCCCGACCACGGGCUCAGCGACCGCUACACGUCGCGCUUCUUCCUCAAGCACUCAUUUAUAGAGCAGGCUUUCGACAUGCUGCAGGAGCACGGCUUCAAGCUGGCCGGCUCUUGCGGCUCGGGAACGGCCGGCGGAUCCGUCACCGACCUCAAGCCGGGGGUCGACACGGAGGAGAACCGCUGGAACCACUACAACGAGUUUGUGUUUGUGCGCGAGUAGAGCGCCUCCCCAACCCAGGAAGAAAUCAAGUCACUAAUGUCCAUAGUGUGUGUGUACUAGGUGGUGAAAUGAAGUAACCAUUUAUCAGUAGUAUACUACGUAAAGUGAAAGUGUGUUACUGUGUGGUAGACAAAAUUUAUAAAUACAGUUCAUCACCUCAGUUCCAUAUAUGACAAAUAAGAAAUCUAUAAAUAAUAAAUACUUUGUAAAUCUUGCUCUGUUUAAAGUACAUGUACACGAUACUAAUACUAUCUAUAUUUUCUCUACUCAACUGUAAUUCUUAACUGACACAGUUUCUAUAGCAAGAAGUAAGUAUCAACCUUCUGUAGACGAUGUUUUGUGGACAAUUACUGGACCACUAAUUUUGUUACUUUUGUAGAACAAUUGAGAUAGAAGCUGUGAUUCUGCUUGUUACGCUACGUUUAAAUCAGUUACUUUAGAAAGUAAUGUCUGCAGUAAAUCAUUUAACACAGAGUAAAAUGAACUCGAGCGGUAUUUGUCGUAAUGCCAGCUGUGUAGCUGCACUAGAUUGAGUAAGAAUUUCUUAGAAAUUUUCAUGUAACAAAUUUCAUUUGUUGAAUGUUAAUGUAAAGGAGAAGUGAUUCUCAGCAUCUGUUAUGUUCUCAUAGUAUCUAGUGUAAAUAAUGUCCUUAUCAUUUGUGUCAUCCGCCGUGUAAUUGGUUAUUAGUUUGUUUCCACGUAAUAAAAGAAGAUCUUUAGAA